AUGAAAAAGCAUAUUAUUUAUUGUAAUAAAUAUUUGGGGGCGGACAAAAGUUUUGUAUUAGGUUUUCGAUUUUACAGUAAUAACACAUAUGAUGAAAAGGAAGUAAAUUUUUUUGAUAAUUUAAAUGAUAAAUGGUGGGGUGGAAAAGAAUAUGAAAAUAAAUGUAAUGUUAAAAAUGUCCAUAACAUUUUAAACAAAAUAUUAGGAAAAAAUAUAUAUAGUUUACACGAUUAUAAUAAGCAUAGAUUUGAUUUUAUUUUAAAAAAUUAUGAAUUUUUAUUUUAUGAAAAAAUAAAAAAAGAAAAGCCACAAAUAGAUAUCAACAUUUUGGAUGUUGGAUGUGGUGGCGGUAUUUUAUGUGAGUAUAUUCAAAAUAAUAUUUUUUAUUUUUUAUUGAAAAAUAUAAAUAAUCCCAAAUUAAAAAAAAUAAAUGUAAACAUAGAAGGUAUUGAUGUGUCAAGUAAAUUGAUUGAAUUAUCAAAAAGACGAUUAUAUGAAAGAAAAGAAAAAAAUAAUAUUUGUUAUAAUUUGAAAAAUGAAAUGAAUAUAAAAAAAAAUGAUCAAACUGAUGUAUCUACAGAGACAAAUCAAGAAAGUGAACAAAAUAUUUAUAUAAUCAAUAAGACUAUUGUAAAUAUAAAUUUAAAAUAUAAAAAUUGUGAUAUAUCUGAUUUAGUAUAUUCAAAUAAUUUGGAGAAAAAAAAAUACGAUAUUAUUACUUCAUCCGAAGUGCUUGAACAUAUACCUAAUAAUAAAAAAGAUCAUUUCAUAAAUUGUAUAAGUAAAAUAUGCAAUCCAAUGUCACUUGUUGUUUUUACAACAAUAAAUAAAAACACUAUCUCUUAUUUAUAUUCAAUUGUUUUAGCAGAAUAUAUCACAAAAAUGAUACCGAAAGGAACUCAUAAUUAUGAUUACUUUAUUGAAGAAAACGAACUAAACAAUAUGUGCAAACAAUUUGAGCUUUAUAAUUUAAACACAGAAUAUGUUAUAUAUAUUCCAAUAAUAAGGAAUUAUUUUAAAACAAACAAACUGAAAUUGUUAUAUAUGACAUCAUUUGUUUAUAAAAAUAAUGAAGAAUAA